AUGGCCGCACGUCGCGGCAAAAUUGUAGUCAGCUCCCAAAAUUCCUGGAUCGAGGUGGACCUGCAUGACCCCACUGUGGUGUCUGGUGUCAUUACCCAAGGCUCCAUAUACAGCCAUAGAUGCGUGACAAAGUACAGGGUGAGAUACCAGUCGUCUCAUUCCUCGAGCUACGAGCAUGUCACAGAUCAAGCAGGACAGACCAAGGUGUUCGAUGGUAACCAGCAGAACCCACAAGCACCAGUCACCAACCUCUUCAGCCGUAGCAUCAUGGCGAUCACGGUGCGUAUCGAGCCCGUAGCUUGGGUUGAGAACGUAGUGUUCCGAUUCGAGUUGCUUGGAUGUCGCCAUCAUUAAGAAAACAGUAACAUUAAACAAAAGCAAAACACAUUUCUUCGAGUUACAGGUCAGUUUGAUUUUAUUCUCGUUCUUUUGAGGUGAACAUCUGCAUUUCUACCAAAGCAGAUAUAGUAGCACGCCCCCAACCCAAAAGGCAGUGUUGUAGUCAAGGUACUUAAUGAUGAAGUGUCAUUUUUUGUUACAUUCCUAUGGGUAUGCCCAAACAGUUUAAAACUGGUUUCCUGCAUACACUACAAAUGACCACACACAUGUACAAAUACAAUGCAUUACAAAUACAAUACAACACAAUGAAAUUAAAUAAACGCAUAUGGGAUUACUGCAUGAUUGUAAAGGAACUAUUAUAAAUAUUGUAAAACUAUUACAAAGAAACAUGUUUGAAACGACGUCGCUAGCAGACUUUUCUGAAGGCCUUAUGUGAAUUCAGUGAACACGAAGAAUUUGGACAUUUCCUGUGACAUCGGGAAAACAUAUUUCAAUACGUACGCUGAUUGCAGGAGGGGCGAAAAAAACAUAAAAACCCUUUUGGGAGAAAAACGGGGAAGAAAAUCCCGUCCGGUUCCUUAUUAUUACGGCAGCCACGUUUGCUAACUCAGUAAGCACAAAUUUAUAUUUGUAUAUGCCUAAUCAGUGAUGGCAGAGACAAAAACAAUACAUCAAUGCAGACAUUUUACUGACUGAAUGUCUAAUACGGGCUCAGAUUUGAAUGAGGUUAGAGAAGUCAUGGUUCUCAACUGUACAUACUAAUUAUUCCAUAUAAAUAAGUGUGAUCGCGAGAAAGUUGACAAUGCGCUUGUGAUUAUCUUGGUAUGAUUGACAAAUAUAUAUACGCCCCGCCCACUGCGCACGUGGGCAGCAACGCGUGCGCCUCGCCAAUGCCACACUGCGUGAUGU